AUGUCACAAAACUACUAUUACACAUACUCUAAGGAAGUCGUCUUUAAGUUGAAAGAAUUGAUCUUCAAAAAGCUCAAGAGAAAAUCAAAAAAAGUUGCCAAGAUUGAGGAUGUCAAGAAUUUGUGCACAAGUAGAGGUGAUGGUGUAUUGGGAAACAACGGUCAUCUCCGGGAUAAGCUUCAAUGGAGUCUGAAUGAAGUAGAAUCUGACCAAAGCAUUCUUCUUUGGCACAUUGCUACAGAUCUCUGCUACAAGUGUGAUAAUUAUAUUUCACGUUUCACAAAAUUGCAACGUGAAACAAUCAUGUUAUUGUCAGAUUUUAUGUUGUAUCUACUUAUAAUGUGUCAUUUUAUGUUGCCUGAAGGGAUUGCCCAGAUCGGGUUUCGAGAUACUCGUGCAAAAGCAGAGGUGUUUUUCAAAGAAACGGAUUCCAAAUUCGACAAAAUUAAAGCUUGUGAGAAGUUGCUUGAGGUGAACAUAGAUAUUCUACUGAUCGAAGUGAAAGGAGAUAGAAGCAAGUCUGUUGUAUUUGAUACAUGUAGGCUUGCGAAAAUUUUGCAAUCAGUUGAGGGAAAGAAGUUUGAUAAAUGA